AUGGAGAGUCUCCAGCUGUCCCAAGUCCUCGCUGAUCUCAGCAACAUCAACGCCGCUGAGGCUGAAACUGCCACUGCCAUCGUCAACGCAAACACCACCCUUCACCGCCCCGAGCCUCGCACUUCCACAGCUUCCGCCCCUCCUGAAGACCUUCGACCUUCUGUUCUCAGACGUGCCCUGUCCGCCGAAGGCCCCGUUGAUAGAUUUGGACGCCGAAUCAUCCCAGGUACCACCGGGUCGCGCUCCGGCUCUGCAACGAACUCGGUCCCAGGUACCCCACGACGUGGAGAUGCCGAUCAGCUUGAUGAUGACCUAGAAAGAGCGUCCACUCUGAUGGCACUCUACGACAUCCGCGCCAAGCUGAAGCAGCAGGACAACAGCAGCCUUCUCAAGGCCAGGGAGAAGAUCAAUGCGCUUGCAGCUAAGCAGCAGGCGCAGCAGAACAACGAGCGAAACCUAAAGACGAGCGAUCAACUCCGACGAAAUCGAUACUCAUUCCCUAAGCCCGGGCUUUAA